AUGUCUUCCUUCGAAUCAUCGACUUAUGUUCCCGGGCAGGAUGCAAUAAAUGCACCACCUUUGAGACUUUUAUCGCUUGAUUAUUUUGAUACGAUAUGUGGAACAAGUACUGGAGGUUUGAUCGCAUUGCUCCUUGGUCGACUUCGAUUUUCAACAGCAGAAGCUAUCAGAUGCUAUGCUUCUUUGGGGAAAGAAAUUUUCAAAAACAAAAGAUCGAAAAGUGUUCACGGUUAUGCAUUUGGGUCAUCAAAUAUGGAGAGAGCGGUCAAAAUUUUGCUAGAAGUCAAAUAUGGGCAUGGCCAUGGCAACGACAGGAUGCUUGCGGACGAAGAAGAAACUCGCCACUCGUGCAAAGCGUAUGUUUCACCCUCGAGAAUUCUCCUCUCAAGCCAUGUGGAAGGGGACCCCACCAAGUUUCGUACAUGGCCAUUGGCUAAAGAUCGAAGUCCCAACUGCAAGAUUUGGGAAGCAGCUCGAGCACCAUGUGCAGCCCCUCGUUUCUUUCAAAGCAUUCUCAUUGAAGAGAACGGGAUUGAUGAAGUGUUUGUUGACGCUGGUCUUGGCUGCAAUAACCCUAUAAAACAGCUGAUAUCAGAAGCGAAGUCCGAAUUUGCACAAACCAGGGCUGUUGCAUGCACUUUAAGUAUUGGUGCUGGCAUCCUCAAAGCCUUUAGCUUCACGAGACCAAAGUCAUUGACGGAGAAAGUGGCUCCUAUGAGCCUUGUGAACAUCUUGAACGGCAUGGCAACAUCAACAGAGAAAGAGGCUGCCGAGAUGGAAAAGAAGUUUGCCAAUGUUCCUGGCGUUUAUGACAGAAUUGAUGUUGGCAGAGAUAUAGGAGAUAUUGGCCUUGAAGAGUUGGAAGAGCUUGGACAAGUCAAAAAUCAUACGAGAGCAUACCUUCGAAAGGACGGCAUCAGUCAUCAAAUUGAUGGCAUUGUGGCGGCGUUGGUACACAGGACUCAGCCGGGAAUUCAAUUAUAUCAGCUUGACAAUCAUGUAACACUACCCUCAAUCACUCAACACAUCUGCUUUCCACGCUCCCAAGCUGAUCGACAUGGCUUCGUGCCCAGAUCUUGCAUGCAUGCAAUUGACUGUAUGUUUCAUGAUGUGUUGCUAAAACGAUCAUCGAAAACUAUAGUUCUUCAAGUAUCGCAAGGCGGUUUAAAUGCUGUGCUGUGGAUUGAUGGCACCGCGAAGACAUCAAUCGAUCAAAGCUUCAUUAGAAUCGCAGACUCAAUCAUUGGAAAAUCCUUAGGAUCAGUCGAUUUGACAUCUUUUCCAGCCCUAGUGCGUAAACAAAUUGAAAUGUGGAAAGAGCCGUGGCUUCUCGUCUUUGACAACUUCGAUGAUCCCGCAGAUUAUGAAAUCACCAAAUAUCUUCCACAAAGCGAUUUUGGUCUUAUCAUCGUAACGGGUCGUCAUCCAUCAGCCAAUGAUCUUGGUUACCCAAUACCUGUUGGCGAUCUGCUCGAGGAAGAAGCUAUGAAUCUACUUUUCCACCGGACCAAGAAAGAGAGAACGCAUGGCAAUGUAGAAGAUGCCCGCAAGAUUUGUUGCCAUCUUUCAUGCUUGGCAUUAGCAGUGGAUCAAGCCGGGGCAUACAUCAAGUCUACAGGAAUAAGCCUCAGUCUAUUUAUUGAGCAUUUCGACAAGCAGCAAGAAAACAUCAUGGCCUGGUCUCUGCCCCUGAAGAAUUACAAAAGAUUGGACCCAGCGGCCCCGAUCAGGAAAUAA